UCCGUCCUCCAGCGCUGUGUUGGCGAUGAGCGUGCCGUGCGCGCCCGCAGCCGCUGCAACCGGGGAGGUGCUCCCUGAGCGGGGGCCUCUUCCUCAGCAAGCCCCGGCAUGAGCGGCGAGCGGCGGGCGGGUGGUGGCGCGCUGUCUGCCCCACACGGCCCCGGCGACCGGUGUCGGGGCGGACGGAGGGUAGCGGAAAGCCAGGAUAAUUUUCAAGGGUGGAUGACAGAACCAACCGGCCUUCCUGUGGAUGCAGAACAAACACUGAAAAGAGUGAGUGUUGCCACACAGCUGAUGAAGUGUGAAAGGGAAGUGAGUGUUCCUGUUCCUUCUGAUGAGCUUGAUUCAACAAAAGCAGCUGCUUACCAUGAAGAGCAAUCUCCAUCGGAGUUGAGAAAGGGCUAUGUAUACAGAAACACUGAGAGACCUGAGAAGACAGAAAUCAUUAAAUCCCUUGUGACAGAUCAUGAUGCAUUUAGAAACUGUGAACUGUAUCUACCUAUGUCUAGUAAUUGCUCAGCAGUGGAGUCAUCUGAGGACAGUGAGGAGGACAUGUAUCGUGAUGCAAAAGAAAUAGAGAGAGAGAGAGAAUUACUUUGUGGGACAAGCUCUUCAGAAUAUAAACUAAGUGUUGCACCUGAAAUGGACAUCAUGGAGUAUUGCAGACAAGAAUGGAGAGGAAAUACACCAGUAGCAAAAAGGAUGAGAAAGGGAUAUGAAGCAGUUGCUCAGAAGUUUGCAUCUAUAAGGAGAGUACGAGGUGAUAACUACUGUGCUUUCAGAGCAACUCUUUUCCAGGCACUAAGCCAAGCUACCCAGUUACCAAGGUGGCUGCAGAGUGAGAAUUUUGCUAUGCUUCCUGAAAAUCUGAUGAGCAAGUAUGACUGGAUCAAGCAAUGGCAGCUAAAGCAGAAACUGAGCAGGAGGAUGGGAGAAAUAAGCGAUGAAAUUAAAGACUAUUUAAUACUUCUAAGGAAAAAGUGGAAGAAUAUCAGUGAAAUCAAGGGUCCUAUUGAGAAACAAGAAGCUUGUGAUAAAUUGUUUAAAAAUGAAGAGGAGGAAUACAGUCUUUAUGAAGCACUGAAAUUUUUGAUGCUCAACACUGCCAUUGAAUUAUACAAUGAUGAUAAAAAUGGAAGGAGAGUUCCUGUCUUCUCAUGGUUACUGUUUGCACGGGAUACAUCUAGCAACCCUUGUCAGUUAAUGCAUAAUCACUUGAAUCAUAUCGGUCACAGUGGAGGCCUCGAACAAGUGGAAAUGUUUCUCCUUGCUUAUGCUCUGCAGUAUACCAUCCAAGUGUAUCGGCUGUAUAAAUAUAGUACUGAUGAAUUCAUCACACUUUAUCCCAAUGACCCAGAGAAGGACUGGCCUGUGGUGACUCUCAUAACUGAAGAUGAUAGACAUUAUAAUAUUCCGGUCAGAAUGUGCCAAGAGACUAUGCUAUAAACACGUGAUUUCUGGCAGAUGCUGCUUGCUGAGUUUUCCAGUUCCAUUUUGAAACGGGAUGAUGGUGAAAUCUACAUUAUUAAAUCCACAACAACUUUAAAUCUGUGUUUUGAAAGUUGACAUCUAAAAGAAAAUAUCUAAUAGAUACUAGCUUAGAGUAAAAAUUUUGCAGGUAUGGCUUUUGUUGCCCAUAAAAAUAGGAUAUUCUGCAACCCUUUUUUUGAAGGGCUUGCUCUGAAUAGGAAUGCAAACGCCAUAGAUUACCUUGAUUUAAAAAGCUAGGUGAGGCUCUAUGGUCAGGCAUAAGCUGACUGCCUGCUCCCGGACUAAUGAGAUAAUGAUGAAUUGAAAUUUCUGGAAAAGAAAGCUGGCAGUGUCCUGAUUGUAAUGCUGCUUAGAAGCAAUCUGUACAGAUCUUGGGUCAUGGGAAGCAAUGUAAUUCUUUUGCAGUUGGAAUUUAAUGCCUGCCAUAGUUUAUGCUAUAAGAGAGAUGUUACUGAAAGUUUCCUAAUGCUUUGGGGUUUUUCCUGCCAUGGGUAUCUCUUACUUAGGAGCCAGUUGUCUGGUACACUGAAAAUUCAGAGCUCUUCCCUUUCAACCCAUUGAGAGGAUCAUAGCAAACAGAGGUGAUGAUAAGGGAGUAUAAAAGUUGCUUGUUAGCAGGUCACAGAUUCAAACACUACACAGAAUUCCCUCUUCAGGUACAAUAGCUGGUAGGAGAUAAGCAAGUGCCUGCUAACUUCUAUGUCUCUUCAUAUUACUGUUCAUGUAAUGUUAGUCCUCACUGGUAGCUGCUGUGGGGGAAUUAGAAUCCUUGUUUAUCUGGAGAGUGUAGCAGAAGGAAGUCAACUUCUGGUGCACUUUCUCCACUCUUGGGAGGAGUAUAUGGGAGGUUCUGUUUCUGCUUAGAAUUGUUAUCUUCUGAAUUGAAUAGUGAAUAUAUCAGAUUCUGGGAGUGCCAACAUACCUAAAAAACACAGCAAAAACCUGUCACCUUUUAGCUUAAAGUGAUUUUUAGCUUAAUCACUCUGCAGGUGAUUCCUGCAAUAAGAGAGUGGAAGUUGAUUUAUAUGAAAGGCUGCUCUUAGAAGGCCUUAUUUAAAAGGGAUAAGAUGAUAAAAACUACAUAUCAUUUAUGUAUUUUGGAGGAAAUGACAUGCAAACUUCCUGGCAUGUAAACCUUCAAAUUCUCCCAUUUUGUUUUACUUAAAAUUAAUUUAACUUUUGUUCUGAAAGAUAGUUACACAAUGGAAAUGUGUAUUCAUUAUGUUCUAAAGUGUGUUUUAGACUCGCCUUACUGUGAGGUCUGUUGUGUGUUUGGCGUUAUAUUUACCAUAUUGUCUUUGCCUUGCAGAACAGUUAGUUUGAUCUGUUACUGAAAAUUUCUGGGAGCUACAAGGGAAUAAAAGUAAACCAAUUUACGUGGCAGU